CCUCAAUCAGUACCUUCACUUUUUAAAUUCAAUGCGUAUAGUAAGCCAACUCCAACUCCGAUGGCUUUCCUUUUCUUAUUCAACGUGACGACUUACAACAAGACGUCAAACACGCUAGCACCACCGUCUCCGUAACUUCCUCCAUUGACGUUAUAUAAAUAUUCUCUCUUCAAAAUCUGCAAAUUAUCUUCUCUCUUCUUUGAUUAGUGAUUGAUAUCAAGACUAGUGUUGACAGUGUGUCCGAAGAUAGAGAAAUAUAACGAUGGCAGGUGGUGGCGUAUUGGAGGUGAUGCUAGUGGAUUCCGAAGGCAUUAGAGCAAAAAGGUUUCUCGGUUGUGUAGUUUGCUGUAGUACUUCGGCUGUUAAUAGACCAUAUGUAUGUGUUGAAUACGGGGAUAAAAAACGCGUAAGCAAAGUCGCUCAAGGAAAAGGGAAGAAAUCCAUAUGGGAACAAAAGUUCGAGUUUGUGGUUGACUAUCCCAUGGAUGAAAAGAAGUUGGAUCAAAAGCUUGUGUUUCGUGUCAUGGACAAACAUAAACUUUCCGAUGAUGGAUAUGUUGGUGAUGCUACGAUUCAUGUAAAGGAUGUUGUUUUAAUGGGGAUGGAGAAAGGGGAUGCAAAGCUCGGAAGUCGGAAAUACAGGGUGGUCCGGGAGGACAAAUCUUACACCGGCGAUAUAUCUGUGGGAGUUACUUUCAAGAGAAAAGAUGGGGUGAAUAAUGAUGGUGAAAGGAAGGAAAGCCUUGUAAAUAAUGAGGGUACAAAAAUGGCAACAAAAGAUGGAGUGAAUAAUGAUGGUGAAAGGAAGGAAAGCCUUGUUAAUAAUGAGGAGGGUACAAAAAUGGCAACUGCAUAAUGUCUUGAUCAUUUAAGGUUGUGGUCUUGUGGAUAACUAGUUUUUCUUGUUGCUAAAGACUUAAAUUUGUAGGUUUUAAGACAAUAUUGUCGGAUAAAGGAUAAAGGCAAUUAGAAGUUCGUUGGGUUUGAGUGUGUAACUAGUUUUUCUUGUUGAAACAAGUGCCCGUAAUUAUUUUCAAUUUA